GUCGUCUUCCUAUUUCAUUUUCGCCACAUCUUGAUCCUUUGUUGCAAAUCUCACAGUUUGGGGUUUAACAGAAAAAGACUACUUCCUUGACAGAGUAAGAAGAAGAAUAAUAGAUCAAACGAAAUGGGCCGUUUCUGGACUUUGAUGACCCACCUUCAUUCCCUCGCCGGACCUUCGGUGAUGCUGGUGUUCCCACUGUAUGCGUCGGUAAUGGCGAUAGAGAGCACCUCAAAGGUGGAUGAUGAGCAGUGGUUAGCGUAUUGGAUCAUAUACUCCUUCCUCACUAUCCUUGAGAUGCUUCUUCAACCUCUUCUCGAAUGGAUACCGAUAUGGUACGAUAUAAAGCUGGCGUUGGUGGCGUGGUUGGUUCUUCCACAGUUCAGAGGAGCAGCUUACAUUUACGAUACAUUCGUGAGGGAGAAGCUUCGAAAGCUUGGUGUCUCUACCAAGCCUCGUACAACGUUAGCUUCGUCCCCUUCCAAGGAGAAAGAAAAGAACAAGUUUGUCGACUUCAUCUCCCCCAAGAAAGGAAGACAUGAGGCUUAUUGAACAAAAUCCACCUCAAAAUCAAUGACUGCUCUGAUGAUCAAUACUCUGUUCUUUGUUUUCUUCAGCUUUGGAUUUCUGUAAACUACUCUCUGUAAAGUUAUGCUUGUAAUUUGAUACAGAACAUGAUCUUCUCUAAAAUCAAAAGCCCAUACUCUUCUCUCUUGCUUCCUUCUUC